AUGUUCUUCUCGCUCUGUACCCACAGACGCGUCCCUUUCUUCCCCUCCCUCUCCUUCUCCCUGUUGUCGCAUCGAUGCCUGGCUACCAAAGCCUACGACCCGCUCCGGAUUCUCUUUUGCGGCUCCGACGAGUUUAGCAUCGCUUCCUUGAAGGCCCUCCAUGAAGAGCAUGUCAAGCGACCGGAUCACAUUGCCUCCAUCGACGUCGUCUGCAGACCCGGGAAACGAGUCGGGCGAGGCUUGAAGACCGUACGCGAUGUUCCCAUCAAGGCGGCCGCCUCGGACUUAUCGCUCCCGAUCCAUGAGAUAGACACUUUCAGAGGCUGGACGCCGCCUAUGCUGCCCGAUGGCCCUAUCAACUUGAUCAUUGCUGUCUCGUUUGGGCUUUUCGUCCCCCCGCGGAUCCUCAAUGGCGCCCAGUACGGGGGAUUGAACGUCCACCCUUCGUUGCUUCCUGACUUUCGGGGCCCUGCACCUCUCCACCACACCCUGUUAGCCGGCCGCACCAAGACUGGUGUCACCCUUCAAACGUUACAUCUCAAACACUUCGAUCACGGCACAGUACUGGCGCAGACUCCGGCGCCCGGCUUCGAUAUACCAAACCCCGAUACGUGCAGCUUUCCCGAUCUGUUGAGUCUCGUUUCUCCGAAAGGCGCGGAGAUCCUCGUCGAAGGUAUUCGAAGGGGCUUGUUUGUGCCCCCGGUGGAGGAUGUGGGCUGGCGCUCUUCCGAAGGAGACGGACCGUUGAUCCAUGCGGCCAAGAUCAAGCCGGAGGACCGACACAUAGACUGGAAAAACUGGAGCUUUUUGGAGAUCAGCAGGAGAAAUCGCGUUCUGGGGCCGCUCUGGAGCAAGUCCCUCGUUGCCAGCAACACUCCCGGUGAAAACAUAUCUUUUCAACAGCGACGACUUAUCUUCUCCCAGUUCGAAGAAGUGCCGCUCCUGGAAGGCUGCGAGAAGUUCUCCCUCGUCCCGGGCUUGCCGUUCGUGAAUAGCGCGCAUCCGGUAGAACCCCGCAAAGGGAGGGGUGUCUACGUGUUCACCCGGGAUGGAAAGCUUGUCCAGAUCCACGAAAUGAAAGUGGAAGGGGAGAAAAAUGCUGACGCUCUUCGGGCCGCUCUAAAAGCUCGAAUGAUUGGCGAUCGGUCAUUCUACUCGGCUGGUGUUGGAUAUACGCCGUUCCAUAACCCUCUUUCUUAA